GGAGUGAACAGCAAAAAUCAUAUUAAGGACAUUUCAACUUCUGGCGAAGCAUCUGCUGAGGUCACGCCGGUAUAAUCACUCGAGAGUCGCUCUGUAACAAUGUCGUUUCCACCACAGACGACGCCGCCGCCAACGCCCACAUUCUUGAAGAUCUCAUUCCCUGCACCACGGGUGGUCCUUGUGCGCAUGGAUCGCCCUGAAAGUCUGAAUGCCAUGUCUACAACGGGCCAGUGGGAAAUGGACUCGAUAUGGAAAUGGUUCGACCAAGAACCCAAUCUUUCUGUCGCCAUCAUCACUGGCACUGGGCGUGCAUUUUCUGCAGGAGCAGAUCUCAAGGAGUGGAACAAGUCAAUGUCUGUCGAUGCGGACCCAAGCAAGAAGAUGGGUAAUGCUCCAGCAUUCAAGCCAUUGAGCAGGCGACUAGGAAAAAAACCAGUGAUUGCAGCGGUCAAUGGACUAGCUAUGGGAGGGGGCAUGGAGUUUGUGGCUAAUUGCGAUCUCGUGGUUGCCUCAAAAGAUGCAUACUUUGGCCUACCCGAGGUCAAACGUGGUAUUUCGCCCAUCGGUGGAGCACUACCUAGGCUGAUAAGAACACUUGGACUCCAGCGAGCUUCAGAAUUUGCGUUGACGGGAAGGAACAUCUCAGCUCAGGAACUGUAUGAUUGGGGAAUUGUGAACAAACUUGUCGAGAAGGACCAAGUGCUCCCUGAGGCGAUAAAGCUGGCGGAAUCUAUUGCGGUAAACAGUCCCGAUGCCAUUAUAUGUACGCGAGCUGGUUUGAGAGAAGGAUGGGAGACUGCUUCCGUGGAACGUGCAGUCGAAUUGACACUCGAACGGGAGUUUGCCGAGCUUCAAAGGGGUGAGAACAUUUUGGAGGGAUUAAAGGCAUUCUCGGAAAAGAGGCAGCCUCAUUGGAAGGGCAGUAGGCUAUGAAUGACUCAAGAUUGGCGACGAAGAAGAUUGUCGUACGC